AUGCUUGGCAUCUUCGUGAUGCUGUGGGCUGGAGCUCUGGGAGAGGAGACGUGUGCUUCUGGCAGGUCCCUACUUCAGAGGGGCCUUGCGAAGGGCGAGUACAAUGAGACUCUUCAGCCCAGCUCACAGAGCCUCCUCCCCCUGAACCACACCAAUGAGUCGCAGAUGCAGCUGGCACUGGUGCAGCGCUCUGAAGGUCGUGGCCGCGGCGCACGCCAAUCCUCGGAGGAGCUGGAUGCGGUGGUGUCCAGCAAGUUCUUCGACGACAUCGCAGAUGGUUUCGAGUCCAUUGGCCAGGGUAUCGCUGAUGUGGGCAUGACGGUUGGCAGCGCCGUGGGCAAUGCAGCUGUGGUGGUGGGCAACUCCGUGGUAGAGACGGCGGAAAUUGCGGCGGACGCCCUGCCAUCGGAGAUCAAAGAUGCGGCGAAUUCCUUGGGGAACGCCGUGGUCACAGCCGCGGAGGCCGUCGGGGAUGUGGGGGAGAUGGUGGUGGACGCAUACGUGGACUUGGCGGAUGCUGCCCUCUCGGCCGCAGAGGAUGUGGCCGAGCAGGCCGCCAAAGUGGGAAGUGCCCUGGGAAACAAGAUCGCGGAUGCAGCUAAUGCCAUUGGAGAAGGGAUUGAGAAAGUCGGCGCCAUGGCCGUUGGUUUUGCUAAGGCGGCGUGGGAAGCGAUCAAGGACUGGAUCAAUUGUUUGGUGAAUUUCUUGGAUAACUUCAUGUGCAGGGUCUUGAUCGGUGAUCAGUGCGACUGCGAUGCUGGCAGUGGUCUGGAUAUCUCUGGCGGUGGUCUGUCCUUGACGUGUUACGUCAAGGGUGGUGGCCUGAGUUCGGGCUAUGGCUUCACCUCGGAGGGUAAUUUCGAGAUGGGCGACGAGAGCAGCAGCGGCCGCAGCAAGCUGCCGGGCAAGGAAUUCGUUCAGAGCUUCAGGCCCCAAGGCCAGGAGCUGAAGGCGAGGCACGUGGCACUGAAGCAGAAGCAGAAGCGGGCUCCUGCGGGCAGCUGCGAGAGCUUGCUGGAUGUGGCCCUGGAAGGCGUGGUGCAGUUUGCGCCUAUGAUCCAACUCAGUGCCCAGAUCAACGGAGACACCGAGCUCAAGGUGGAGGGCACGGUGAGGGCCUCCAUGGAUGGCCUCAUCAGCGCUGAGGGCAGCUGUGGCUUCGUGGCGGAGAAGCGCUUCCCCAAGAUCCCAAAGACGAAGGUGAUCUGUGGGCCGGCCUUCUGCGUGGCCGUCAUGCUGCAGAUGGUUGCAGAGAUCGAGCUCCAGGGCAUCCUCACGGGCAGCGCUGAGGUCACAGCGUCUGCGGACUUCAAUGUGAAGGGUUCGGUGAUGCUGAACCCCAAAGGCCACGCGGAGGCAGACUUUGAGAGCCCAAACAUCCAGCACCAGCACGGCUUUGGCUUCGGUGCCAGUGCCAGCGGUUCAGUUCGUCUUGCUUUGGGCCCUGAGCUGGUGAUCUUCCCAAUGCCCGGCGUUCCUAUCACCAUCAACCCUAUGAUGAAUGCAGAGAUCCGUGCACAAGGUACCCUGGACAUGCCUGUUGGUUCUUUCAUCCAAGCCGGCCAAGAAGCCGGCCACGCCCGAAAAAUGCACGCAAACACCAGCACUGGCCUGGGACGAGUGAACCAAAUUGCCUUGUGUGGAGCAGCUGCUUUGAACUUAUACUCGGACAUUAGUGUCAUGGGCUUCGGUCUUCCCAAAGCGAUUUCGGUCAGCCUGAGCACCGGCUGGAUUGAAGAGGCCAUCACGGAGGCUCUCCUCAAAGGUGCUGACAUGCUCGUGGAUAUGGCCACAGGUUAUUUUUCGUGCCUGCCCUUGGUGGGUGAUGCGGUAGGUGCAGCCGGGGAUGCGGUGAAGAGUGGGGCUAGAGCUGCAGCUGGAGCUUUGGGCUCUCUCAUCCCAGAUCUCAACCUCGACUUCUCCACGCCCUCUGUGGAGCUAUUGAAACCCACAAAGUUGUUUUGCUCCACCGUGGCCAAGUCGCAUGGCUUCGAUGGCUCCGAGUGCUCGCAAGAGCUGGGCUGCAAAAGUGCCGGGAGGCCUACGGCCCCCAUGGUGACAGUGGCCGCCCCAGAGCAGGUGAGGCAGACGCAGCGCCCUUCUGCAGCUGCGCCCACAUGCUCCACCAUCCUCAUGGGUGAUCGUUUUAUAGAGCUGGGGGACUGGCGACUGGCGGACAUUGAUGGCAGGCACUUCUCCGUCUCGCAUCGCAGCCACUACACCGCAGUCAUCUACCGGGAAGACGGAUUGACUAUCGGUGGAUGGAGGUCACGAGAUUGGAACGGGUGGUCCCGCCCCACAGGAGCAGCGAAGGGCAUCAAGUUUGGCUUCCAGUUCAUUCAGAUCGGCACGUGGCGAAUAGGGGCGGUCAAUGCGGAUCACUUGUCCAUCGCCCAUGUUGGGGGCCAGGUGUCUUGCAUCUGGAAUCAGGACAACUCUCUACGAAAGGGGCCCGGAACUGAUCAUUCGACCUUCGACCGUCCGUCGGGCGAAGCUGUGGGGGUCAGCUUCGGGGACCGCUUCGUCCAGGUUGGCGAGUUUCGCCUCGGAGACUUGGGCCACAAUGGGGAGCACAGCCACUUUGGCUGGACUGGCAGCAAGGGGCAGACCAUCCAGCUCUUCCGCUCCGAUGGGAUUGAGGUUCACCCAGGAGGCUCGCAAUGGAGCUUCCACUUGAACGACCGGCACCCCUCGGCAUGGACCUGCAAGAGUGUUCAGGAGAUGGCCCACGGCAACUGCGAUGGGGUUUCGGGCGCCUGGGGAGAUCGCUUUAUCGAGAUCGGGAAUUGGCGAAUUGGCGUGGUCGACAUAAUCCACCUGGAGGUGUCCAACCGUUAUGGCGCCAACAGGCUGAUCUACAGUGCUUGGACUAACACACUCUACGACGAGAAGAAGAGUGGCACGAUUUGGAAUAGGCCAUUGGGCUUCCCACAUGGCAUCGCUUUCGGCCACAACUUCAUCCAGAUAGGGCUUUUCCGCAUAGGUUCGUAUGACAGCGAUCACCUGAGCUUUAGCUGGUCGAACGGCAAGACCAUCAUGCUCUACAAAUCCGAUGGCUCAGCUCUCACUGGGCCCCGCACGGACCUAAAUCUGUGGGAGCGCAGUCUGGGACCAGCCACAGGAGUGACCUUCGGAGAAAAGUAUCUCCAGCUGGGUAGUUGGCGCAUAGGUGACGUAGGGUGCACAGGCCCAUGGGCUACGAGCUGCUACUUCCAGUUCACUCAUGUCAGCGACCAGACCCCUCAGAUGUUGCGUUCUGAUGGAGGGUUUCAUGGAGGUGCGACGAAUUGGGGCAAGGUAUUGAAUGAUCGCUAUCCCAAGUGGCAUUGCGGAAACAUCCAGCACACCAUGGGCAUCUGCUCUGGUAUGAUGGCCGGCCCAGACUACCUCACCAUCGGCGAGUGGCAGGUGGCCGCCAUAGACAACCACCACUUCAGCAUUUCGCACAAGGACGGAAAGACGGCGAUGAUCUAUACCAAGGAUGGCAAACAGCACCCGGGGCCCCGUACAGAUUACAGGGACCGGUGGAGUUAUGAUCCUACGAGCCAGAGUCCGAUCCAGUUCGGUGACCGCUUCAUGCAGAUCGGGAGUUUCCGCAUGGGCGAGGUAAACAGCCAACAUUUCUCCAUCGGUCACAAAGAUGGGUGGACCAACAGCAUCUUCCGCGGAGACGGCACCGAGCAUCCGGGACCACGUACGGACUGGAACGUUUUGGCUCGCCAAAUCGGGGAGCCCCUCGGGAUUGGCUUCGGCGACCGUUUCAUACAGUUCGGGAAUUUCCGCAUGGGUGAUGUGGAUGGGACGCACUUCUCCAUCUCGCACUCUAGUGGGCGCACCAUCGCGAUCUUCAAGAAGGAUGGCACUGUGGAGUAUGGGCCGCGAGAGGACUUCACCCUCUUCGGCCGGAGCCUCUCGGAGUGCCACGUGGUGCCUCUCUGA